AUGUGCUCCCAGGAUUUGAGCAAUUCAGAGAAGUUGGUGGGGUUCAUCAUAUUGACCUGCCUUCCAUGGACUAGCCAUAGUCUUCCUUGCAACGUUUCAUUAGCUGAAUCUUGUCCUGCUUCACUGUAUUAUGUUCCGAGAACCAUGAGAACCCUCGAUGAAACAGCAGCUUUAUUCGGUGUAAACUCGAAUGCUGUGAAUCGAACUGUUGACGGUUUUCUGGUUGCAAUAACUUGCAGCUGCCUAGCUCUCCAUGCUGAGUUUACUUGGCAUCUGGACUAUGAAGUCCAACCCCAGGAUACGUGGGAUAGCAUUUCAUCAAAGUUCGGAUCAUUUGUUGUGGAAAAACGUGAAAAGACACUGAUCCCAUCACAAACUGUGACUUUGGACAUAUUAUGUAGUUGUUCUCGGAAUGCAUCUACUGUCACAUACAAGGUCACAAAGGGAGACACACUCUAUACAAUUUGUUUGCGAUUCGGUGCUGAUCAAAAUAAGACUGCCAAGUUGAAUAUGAUCGAGAAUACGGGGCUUAUUCGUGAUGGACAAGUGCUGUUUAUUCCUGAACCAGAGGGCCUAUCAAACCAUACCAUGUUUGACAAUAAAGAUUCAAGUGGCCAAAAAUCAUCGAAAUUUCAGAUCCUCGCCAUCAUUGGAGCAAUUUUAGCUGCCUCAGCUAUCUUUCUGUUUACAGUUAUACUUGUUCUUUGGAAGAGAUAUAACAAGAAGAGAAAUCAAACACCAAAGCCUUAUUCAAGAAUGAUGGAUAGCAUGCAUUCUUCUUUCGAUUCACGCACUUUUCUCAAAAAAUCUGGAGGAAAGAUUGUUUGUUCAUUCAGUUAUGAUAAAGCUAUUGAGUUCCCUUAUAAUGAAGUUCGUGAUGCGACAUCUAACUUUAGUUCAUCCUUGAAGAUCGGCCAAGGUUCCUGUGGAUCUGUUUACCUUGGAAAAAUAAGAGGGAAUGACGUGGCCGUAAAACAGAUGAAAAACACGAAAACGAAAGAGUUCGUAUCAGAGAUAAACAUUCUUUGUAAAGUUCAUCAUUCAAACUUGAUCGAGCUUAUCGGGUAUGCUGCCGGGGGAGACUCGUUGUUUCUUGUUUAUGAGUUUGCCCAAAACGGUGCAUUAAGUGAUCAUUUACAUGGCUUCACCCGUAGAGGUUAUAAUCCACUUGGUUGGACUAUGCGUGUUCGGAUUGCUAUGGAUGCUGCCAAGGGUCUCGAGUACAUACAUAAGUACACAAAACCAUAUUACGUUCAUCGAGAUGUGAAGACGAGCAAUAUUCUUUUAGAUUCCAGUUUUCGUGCCAAGAUCGCUGAUUUUGGGCUAGUAAAACUAUUGGAUUUGGACCAUUCUCCAGAUGUCGGUGCCGCAGCGUCGAGAAUCGUUGGCACAUUCGGUUAUCUUUCCCCCGAGUACGUUCGAGAUGGAUGUGUGACGACAAAGACCGAUGUCUAUGCCUUUGGAGUUGUCCUACUGGAAUUACUCACUGGCCAACCAGCUCUAAGCAGAGAUGCAAGCCCUGGAAAUAAUCGGUCCAUCGAACAUCGAACGGUGGCGGAUUUUGUGUUACCUGCAUUAAACGAUAACGAAAACCUCAUGAUCAAGCUGGCCAAAUGUGUCGACCCGAAUCUUACUCACUACCACAAAGAGACUGUUUUACAGAUGGCAUUAUUGUCCAAGGAUUGCGUGGAUGAUAACUGGAAGCAUAGGCCAGACAUGUCGGAAGUGGUGUUCUGCCUUUCGCACAUUUUAGCCAGUACCGAGGAAUGGGAGAAUCAACGUUGCAGUCGAACCGAACCCUGAAAAUUGCCAGUCGGAACCCCCUUUUUUUGGACAAGGAAGUCAGGGGGUACCAUUCACCACUAGAGAAAGGGGGAAAGGAGCAAAUCAAAUGGAAAUGUCAAUGAGACUGCAACAUCAGCAUGGCAUGGUUACUGAAUUUAAAGGUUGGCAGUUGG